UUCGGGAGCACUGGCCCAAAAACCGAAUUUCAUCCCUCUGCGUCGCUGAGAGUGUAUGCCCCAUUCUGGAAAGUCUGGUGGAAAGAGAUACUCUGCAUCAUAGCUAGCAUUGCUUCGUUCAUUGCCAUCGUCAUCGUUCUCGCCUCUUAUGAUAAUCACAACCUGCCAACUUGGCGUUUCAAGAUCACGCUCAACACAUUUCUCGCUUUCUUCACAACAUUAGCAAAAGGAGCCUUCAUGCUACCCGUGUCCCUGGCUUUCAGUCAAUCGAAGUUCACCUGGUUUUUGAAACCAAACCCCCUGUACGACUUUUACAUCCUUGACCAGGCAAGUAGAGGCUGGCUGGGUUCCCUGAAAUUGCUAUUUCGUGUGCGAUUUAAGCACACAGUCACUAUUGGUGCUAUCUUGAUGAUUGUUAGUAAUCUCUCCUCCCCAGUAACUCAGUUAGCUAUCAGCUACCCUUUGAGAAAUAACACCGCUUCUGAAGAGGAGGCUAAGAUGUUUACGAUCGAUGAAAUCACUCUAGGCCACAACUACGCAAGAAAAUUGGCGGAAACUGCAUCUCUGAAAGCUACUCUGCCGGAUAAUGGGGAUUACGAAGUCCCAGCUCCUCCACAGAAAGCUUUGUGCUCUACAGGAAAUUGCGACUUUGGUCCCUACCAGUCACUAGGUGUUUGUGUAAAGACUGCUAACAUAACUUCAAAAUUACUGACGAAGCCGAUAAGUAAUCUGACGUUGGACUUAUUUGAAGACGGUAAUGGGGGACUGAUUCCCGGUCUAAAGGAAUGGAAUGUCAGCCUCUCAGGCAAAUAUGGGAUGUUGCAUCAGAGUCCAUUGACGGUCAUAAGCGGCGAGCUUGAAGGAGCCGAUACCUUUGGCUACUCAAACAACACAAGGCUUCUCAAAGCCAGGCUUCUCUUUUAUUUUCUCAUUUACACCUCUCCCCUUUCACCAAGCAAAACUCAAAAUCUUCCGGCUGACUCCGACGCUAUCGAUGAUGUGAUCGAUUCGAUUACAGAGUUCAAAUAUGAGGCACGCGAAGUCCUGUUCCACAUCUGCGUUCAGACGUUCAAAACAAGAGUUCGCGCGGGGUUGGAUGAGACCAGUAUAAGCGACACUGUAUCGCAAAUAGACGAUCCAAGCAAUGGAAUUGUCUUGGGGCGCAAGUGUACAAAGGAGGUAUGUCAGCCGUUGGAAGAGCCAGGCGACUUAGUUGCACAGAUCACACCACCGAAUGCUGGACCACGGAAGUUUAGCGCCUCGUACGCCACCAUGUGGAAUAUGGCAAUGGGCAUAUCUAUUUUGCUAAAUGGAAAAGCAGAAUUACGGAUUACGCCCAAUGAAACAUUGAACCACUUUUGGUUUAGCAGCUUUCCCCGGGCCUGGUAUCGUGAUGUGACAUACAGCAACAAGAAUGUUUUUAAUCCCCCGCGGCGAGAGAUCCACCUGAACAACUUCUUGCUUAAUAUUGCUACCAGCGUCUCAUCUGAUCUACGAUACACACAUGGCCAGGACGGGAGACCAGGUGCGGUCGUUAUCGACGGAACCCCUUUGAAGGAGGUUUCGUACCUUCAUAUCAUUUGGGGGGUGGAUAUCCUUCAUCGCCGCCGAGUUUGCUGCAGCAGUAAUUUGCCUUACCAUCGUCAUUGCCGCACAGAGCAUGGCAUCUCGAGAAAUAGGACCGGAAAAUGUUUACGUCCCGGCGGACGUAAAGGAUUCCGCUUUGGCAACUCUUGUCGUCCUCAGCAACGAUUGCCGCGAAGCCUUGAGCGAUGGUCUGCAGCCGGCAGAUAUUCUUCAGAAGACUUCGAAGAAAUUACAAGUCACGCUACGACGGAACGCACUUGAGCUUGCUGGGAACCCCGAAGGGCAUUCUUCUCAUCCGGGCACAGAUACUGCCCCAGAGGUUCCCACUGAAGAACAAAGCCUUCCCAAGAAGCGCUUUCUUGGCCGUAUUCUCGUGAAUCUUCGGUCGUGACGAGGAGAGUACAAAGCAUAGAGAAACAGCGGAAAGAAGGAAAGAGCAAGUGUCAGCUAAGGUAGUGGCUGUGGGGGUGGGACUAGUUCCGAAGGACUGUUCAACUAGACGUCCAUAACGCUGUGGUCUUGUCAUGAUUGUGCAGGCAGGGCUGUUUGACUCCAGAACUUCUUUUCAUUGGAUGAAAGGCUUACUCACAGGGACAGAGUUGCUGGGGUUAGCUCUGGAUAAAUCCACAUUCGCUUCGUAUCACAGAAUGGC